AUGCAAACCUCUUUUGAUUCUUUGGUUCUUAGGAUGGUUCCGAAAUGGGUUUCCAAAUACACUUUGCAAACCAACGAAAUGACAUUUACAAUUUUCCCCCAAUCCGUGUUCGGUUUUUUUUAUUUUUUAAAAAACCAUACCGCAACCCAAUUCAAAAUGCUUGUCGAUAUUACGGCGGUAGACUACCCAUCCAGAGCAAACCGAUUUGAAGUGGUCUACCAUCUCUUAAGCUUGCAGUACAACACCCGGCUCCGUGUCAAAGUCCCUGUCAAUGAAAAUAUUGCAAUCGAUUCAAUUACUUCGAUUUACCCCACUGCGAACUGGUUCGAGAGAGAGACAUGGGAUAUGUUUGGUAUUUGUUUUCUCAACCACCCGGAUCUCCGACGCUUGCUUACGGACUACGGCUUUGAAGGACACCCAUUACGUAAAGACUUUCCACUCAGUGGCUACAUCGAAUUUCGAUAUGAUGAUUCAAAGAAACGCGUCGUUUCGGAACCUAUUGAAUUAAGCCAAGAUUUUCGUUUCUUUGACUUUUCUAGCCCUUGGGAAUUAAUGCAACACAAAUAA